AUGUCAACUUCCGCCUUCACGUCUAUACCCAUCAUCGACCUGUCCAAAGCCAAUGUUCCUGACACUAAGGUCGAGCUUCUUAGAGACCUAAGACACGCGCUCACCUCCGUUGGCUUCCUCUACGUGUCGAACCAUGGUGUUGCUGAACCUGUCAUCAAGGGCUUAGUCCAUGCGCUUCCGCGGCUUUUCAAUCUGCCUAGGACUGAGAAGGAGGCAGUAUCUCUAGGAAACUCCCCGCACUUUUUGGGUUAUAGUGGUACCGGUGCGGAGACAACUGCUGGGAAGCUUGACAGGAGGGAGCAAUUCGAGUUUGCUACGGAGUUGGCGGAUGAUUGGACGGAGAAGAAACCUUUGGCUGAGAGAUUGAAAGGACCUAACCAAUGGCCAGCUGCCUAUCCAGAUCUUCGCCCGACUGUGGAAACGUAUAUCUCAGAACUCACCAGACUGAGCGAGAGCUUUCUUCAUCUUGUAGCUGAAGCGCUCUCCCUUUCGCCAGACACUUUUCUCCCCUUCCUUUCAGACCAGCAUCGUCUCAAGCUCGUCCACUACCCUAAAUCAACAUCUGGACCCAGUCAAGGUGUGGGGCCGCAUAAAGAUUCAUCUGGCUGGUGGACGUUUCUUCUUCAAGCUUCGCCACCUCACAUCAAGGGCCUGCAAGCUCUCAACAAGAGUGGUAAUUGGAUCGACGUCCCCAACAUCCCGGGGACCUUCGUCGUCAAUAUCGGCCAGGGCUUCGAAGUCGUCACUAACGGAAAAUGUAAAGCUACCACUCAUCGCGUACUUUCUGGUGCGGACGAGCGCUUCAGCAUACCUUUCUUCCAGGGGAUGAGGAGGGAUUUGACGAAAGCGGAUGCGGUGGGCACUCUAAAAGAGCAUUUCGAAAGUGGAGAGUUUGGGUUAGGAAAUGAAAGCGAAGAGGGGAAGGAAAUCGAUAGUGCGUUUCUAAGAGGAAGGUAUGAUACAUGGGGUGAGACCCAGUUACGGACGAAGAUCCGAAGUCAUCAGGACGUAGGGAGGAAGUUCUACGGAGAUGUGUUUGAAAAGUAUGUAAAUGAUGACUGA